CAUUUUUGUUCGCGAGCAGGAUACGUCAAGUUUGACUUAUAAUUGAAAGCAAGGGUAUUUUAAUUUUCCGAGUUCGUGCUGUUACUUUGCUACCGAUUAUAAUUUCUAAGGAACGCAGUAUAAGACGAAAUUAAAUUAAUCAUACACAAUCAAUAUGCGUGAAUUACCAAAGACGCUAAGCAUUACGUUGCCCACGCCAGGUAGUUUAGCAACAUCUGGCGCUCCAUCGUCCGCGGGAAGGCAAGCUAGUCUUGAGGACAUACAUUUAGAUCAGUUUCUUAAGACCUCAAACUAUGAAGACACAGUGAAACAAUUAGAUAUAUAUUAUGGAAUUGUAAAGCGGCAACUACUUCGCUUCCAAAGCCCCAUAACGGGUCUUUUUCCCGUUAUGAGCACCGAUCAUGAGGUGGGCUCUGUACGUGAUAGUGUAUAUUGCGCAGCGGCCGUUUGGAGUUUAUAUCAAGCCUAUCGCCGCAUUGACGAUGAUCGCGGCAAAUCGUAUGAAUUGGGUCAAUCGACGGUGAAAUGUAUGCGCGGCAUUCUGGAGUGCUGGGUAAAGCAGGCUCGUCGUGUGGAAGUUUUUAAACAGCGCCAAUCGAAUCAAUAUGCCUUGCAUAGUAAAUUUCAUUUGCAUACUGGUGAAGAAGUUUACCCGGAUGAUGCCUACAAUCACCUACAAAUCGACUUGGUAUCGCUAUAUAUAAUCUUUCUGGUGCAAAUGAUCACAUCUGGUUUGCAAAUUAUUUAUACACAAGACGAAGUGGCCUUUGUGCAGAAUCUGGUUUAUUAUGUUGAGCGCGCAUAUCGUAUUCCCGACUACGGCAUGUGGGAACGUGGCUCCAAAUACAACAAUGGCACACCAGAAAUACACGCUUCGUCCAUUGGCAUGGCUAAAUCUGCUUUGGAAGCCAUCAACGGUUGUAAUUUAUUUGGUGAAAAGGGCGCCUCAUGGAGUGUGGUUUAUGUUGAUAUUGAUGCGCAUAAUCGUAAUCGCAGCAUAUUCGAAACAAUGCUGCCCAGAGAAUCAAGUUCUAAGGGCGUUGAUUCUUCGCUGUUGCUUACAUUAUCCUUUCCCGCCUUUGCAUCGCACGAAGAGCGUCUAGUGGAGCAAACCAAACACAAUGUUAUCACGCGCUUACGUGGAAAGCGUGGUUUUAAGCGCUUCAGCCGCGAUGGGUUUCUUAGCAAAUUGGAAGAAAAGGAUAGACGUUAUUACCACAUUGGUGAACUUAAAGACUUCGAAGGUCACGAAUGUGAGUGGCCACUAUUUUAUAUAGAAAUGAUCAUUGAUGGCGUUUUCAAGAGCAAUUCAGAACAAAUUGAAGAAUAUCAAAAUGAAUUGCGCAAUUGCCUGCACACUGACGUGAAUGGUGAUCCGGUGGUUACCAUGUAUUAUGCACCAGAUGGUGAGGGAUCCUAUGUACGUGCACCAUCACAAUCGCUCUUUCUUUGGGGCCAGUCGAUGUUUAUUAUAGCACAACUGCUUACUGCUGGUCUUUUGCAUAUCAACGAAUUAGAUCCAAUACGCCGUUAUUUACCCAGCUACAAUCGUCCACGACGCGGUGGUCGCUACUCGGCCUUUCAGGCCAAACCGGGCACUGGCACUGCCACUGAUCUGGUAGUCCAAAUUGUUUUGAUCGCUGAAUCGCAACGUCUGCAGGCGAUGAUGGCAACCUAUGGCAUACAAACACAAACACCGCACGAGGUUGAACCUGUGCAAAUUUGGUCUUCCACCGAACUGAUCAAAGUUUAUCAGCACUUGGGUGUAAAUAGCAAAGUUGGCCUAUCUGGUCGUCCCGGACGCCCAGUGGGGUCAUUGGGCACUAGCAAAGUCUAUCGGAUCUGUGGCAUGACCGUUUUAUGCUACCCACUCAUCUUUGAAGUGUCCGAUUUCUAUUUGUAUCGUGACAUGGCGCUGCUGAUCGAUGAUAUUAAAACGGAACUGCAAUUUGUCGGCAAAUAUUGGCGUCUCUCUGGCCGUCCCACCGUCUGCUUGCUCAUACGCGAAGAGCACAUGCGUGAUCCGCAAUUCAAAGAAAUGCUUGAUUUGUUGGCAAUGCUGAAAAAAGGCUAUUGCGAUGGUAUGAAGGUACGCAUAGGACGUUUGCAGAAUUUGAUAAGUAGCUCAUGCAUUGAACAUCUCGAUUUUAUAAAUCAGAGCAACUUGUCAGACAAUGAAAAUGCUUUUGUGCAGAUCAAUCACGAGUAUAUCGGCUAUCAGUCGCUGACAGAUGUGCCUAAAGCCCAGACAUAUGUUGAACAGAAAAUUUCAUUAGACAAUUUUAAGCAUAAGCCUACCCACGAUAUCAUUGAAACCAUGCGCAGCACCGAGUCCAUUUAUUGCCUCUGCCAAUUGUGGGGAAUUCUACUGAAUCGCGAAGGUCCUAAUUUCGAAGUAAAUGGCCUGAGCGUAAACCAAGCGCUCACACAACUCUAUCAUCGUGCCGGUUCUUUGCGCUAUUGGCGUGCAGUGCGCUACUGUUCCUCUUUAUUACAUCACAUUGUCGAUUCGAUUAGUCCUUUCAUCACCACUGUGUUGGUGAAUGGCAAGGAGUUAACUGUGGGUGUCAUUGGACAAAAAGAGACGAAUUUUGAUAAACCAAUGACACCGGCAGAGAUAAAAAAUGUGAUGUAUACGACAGUGCAGCCGUACAAUGUAAUACAGGCAGUGCUGCAACAGGAAGUGGUAUUGUACUGUGGUCGUCUGAUUGCUACAAAUCCGUCCAUGUUUAGGGGCAUAUUGAAGAUACGAAUUGGUUGGGUAUUGGAAGCCAUGCGCCUCUACCUGCAAAUGUCUGGGCAGGAAUCGAUUGAUUUGGAAAAUCUUUCGCCUUAUCAAGUGCGUAUACUCCUGCAAAAAGUGCUGACUGUAAGCGAAUGGGCAGCUGAUGAAAAGCUCACUACUUUACAACGUCGCCAAUUGGAAGGUUGCCUUUGUCGCGUGCCGAAACAUUUCUACAAUAAGAUUUGGGAAAUUCUACAACGUACACAAGGAAUUACAACGCAAGGACAUAUGCUUCCCGCGGUACCAACAUUAAUAAAUAUGAGUCGUGGUGAAAUCACUUUCUCACUAUUGGUGGAAGAAACGCUAAUGUGCAUAGACUGCCCAGAAAGACGACAAAUUACCGUGGAGCUUUUGUGCAUUAUAGCGACGAUAUUGAAUCGCAAUCCGGAAUUGCAUUUCAAACAAGCGUUGGAUAUCGAUGACAUACUCAGCGAAGCGUUCACUAUGUAUUGCAAGGAUAACAAUAUCGAGUGCAAGAAUGGCAAUGACAUGAGCCGUUUCUAUGCCCUCAUUUAUACCGAAACCACCGGUUAUCUAGCGCGGGCUGCUGUUAAUAAAGUGUUACAAGGUGGAGCUUUGUCCACAUUAGAUGAGAAUGGUUUCUCAAAUGGUGGCGACCAAAUGCAUGACGAAACUUGUCAUGUUUCGUAAAGGCGAACAUGCCGCUGGAUUUUCUCUCGCUUGCCAAAGUUUUUAGUUUUUAAUUUCUAUAAGUAUAAAAUAAUCUGCACACUUAUUCGUAGACCCAUUUAUAUACUCGUAUACAUAUUUACUACAUAUUCGUACUAACUUCAAAACGACAAGAGAAAAAUUCACGCAACCAUAAUUUGCGUAGAGUUUUCCAUUCAAUCAACUUCUUUCAUUUUACAAAUGUCUCGCUCUUCGACUCUCUGUGAACCUGAUGACUUUUUGGCUGUGUUUUUAUGUAUUGUUU